AUGAACGGGAUGGGCUGCGGAUCCUUGGAGGCGAGACCUACGGGCCAGCGAGAAGCGCGGGGCGACGAGAGGAUGCUGGCCUGGAAGCUCGCGCAGCAGUACGCGUUGCAGGACGCGGCGCGGUACGAGCGCGACUGCCGGGGGCUCGCCCCGACAGGCGGCCACGGGGCGGAGCUCGCCCACGAUAGAGGGCCGCAGGACGCCUACACUGGAGAGCGUAAGAGUGCGAGUAAGCAUGUGAUGAUGUGCGCAUCGGCCGUGGCCGAGCCGCCGGACGACCAUGUCGUCGAUCUGCUGGAGGCGCUACCCGAGGGUGAGCGGCAGUGCUACUCGGACGAGCUGAACGUCCUCGACUACAGCGGGAAGUCGGGAGUCAUCUUCGAGGAGCUGGAGGAGCGCUUUGCGUUCGUGGGGGGCUCGACGUCGGAGCACGCCCGCUACCUGAUGCGGGAUGACCUGCCGAAGGAUAUGUGGACGUUCGAGGCCCCCUGCGAUGUUCAGGCCUACUGUGGGUUCAGCUGCGUACCGAAGAAGGACCCGACGAAGCAGCGGAAGGUCUUGAUGAUGUGCGCCAGCAACUACGCGUGGGCGGACCCCCACCAGCGCGGGGACCACGGGAUGCACGGCGGGGCGGCGAUGGCCUCCAUGCGCGCCCCGACCGACAUGUGGGGCGUGGCGGCCUUCGACGAGGGCAACGCCUUCACUCGCCUCAGGGUGCCCGCCUGGAUGGCCAGGUGGCAGGCCUGCCCGCCGCUGAGGGCCUGCUGGGUGUGGGAGAAGCUGAGCCAGCGGACCCGCGACCUGGUGGGGCCUGCGGGUUGGGUGGCACCCUGCUACCACAGGCUGGCCAUGGGAGGCUCGCGCUCCGUGCACCUGCUCAUGACGGUGAAUACGGCGAUCAUCGGCAAGGCGCUGCUGGGCGUGGGCGCCCGCCUGGCGGCGCCCCAGGGCGUCGCGCCCCCCCGCGGCCGCCGUGGCAGGCGGCGCGCCAGGGCAUUCGCCGCCCGAGGGCGGGGGGCUGGAGGGCGACCGAGCUUGGAGGGCUACAGCGUGGCCGGGUGGAUCGAAGCUGUGAAGGCGGCGAAGAGAGAGGGCAUGGAUGCCCUGACCGAGUUACGAUGCGACGGCCCCCACUCCCACGAGUCCGCCGAGGGCAAGUUGGCCGACGGGACCUUUCGCACGAUACCUCUCGCACAGUACCCCGCGGCGAUGUGCGAGGCGCUGGGCAGCAUGAUAGUUCAGACCCUGACCUGUUUUGAGAAGAGCGGCCUGGGUGGCACGGGGUGGCGACGGCCGCCCGAGGCGGACAGGACGGUGGCGGCCUGGGGCACUCGCAGCACGACCGCCCCCCCCGUGGCCGUGAGGAACGAGGACGUGCUGCGAGGACGUGGGCUCGUGCUGGACGGACCGCAGAUGGCCUUUUACCUACGCGUCGACGACGGCGUGGCGAUGGCGGGAGGCCUGGACGGCGGCUCGCGAGCGACGAAGACAAUGCACCAGCUAGCGGACGCCCUGACGGAGGCGGGCUUCGUGGUCACCGACCGCACGGAGGCCUGUGACAUGCGGAAGGUGCUGGGUUACGCGCCGCAGGCGCGACCAGCUCAACUUCGGCUGCCGCCGACGAGGGCCCGAGAGCUGGUGCAACAGCUUGAGCUGAUGAGUGGCGCGCGCACCGUGGACACGGAGGAGCUGCGCUCGCUCUUGGGAAUUUGGAUCUGGGGUGCGCUGCUACGACGAGAGGUGCUGUGCAUCCCCAGCGCGGUCUUCCGCCUGCUGGAGAGGUACCCGCGUCAACGGGUGGGCAACUGGGCGACAGUUCGCAGGGGGCUGCGGGCCAUCGCCGAGGUGGUGCCACUGAUGUACGCGGACCUGGGAGCCCCGCCCGCGCCCGUCUACUUCGCCGCGGACGCCAUGGGCGCGAACGCCGAGGAUGACGGGGGCUGGGGGGUCCUGGUGACCAACCUGAGCAAGGAGAUCGCGCAGGACUUCAUCGACACGGGCGGCAGCUUGGGCUACACCGUGGCACGGCUGGACGGCGAGCUGACUGGGCUGAGGCGCCCAGAGCAGAUGAUCAGGAGGACGAAGCCCUUCAGCCUCUUGCCCGACCGAGUGUUCAAACCCGACGAGGACUGGACGAUCGUGGGCCAGGGGAGGUGGCGCUCAGCCGACUGCAUCACCCUGGGAGAGGGGCGCUGCGUCGUGAAGAUGAGUCGCCUGGCGGCUGCAACACCCGCCCUCCACCGCACCGUGCUCCCGAUCUUGGAGGACAACCAGCCAGCGUCGGGUGCGGCGAACAAAGGGAGGAAGCUGGACAGCACCUCUGUUGAGAAGGUGAAGCCGCGUACCCUGGCAGCAUGCAGGGCAGCGGCGGUGAAGUUUGUGACCUACUUGGACGAGAACGGCUUUGUCCCCGACGGGCCCGAGCAGUGGGACGACCUGUUGGUAGAAUACAAGAGCGACCUGCAGAUGACAAAGUGCAAUUUCGAGUAUACCGAGACUGCAGUGGAGUUUGUGUUCCCACGCCUGAGGAGGAGGCUAACGUGGUCCCACUCGGUGAUAGACGCAUGGCGAGUCGCGGCUGAGGUCAAGCACGCUCCGCCGCUUGGGCGCGCGCCAGCCAACCUUGCCGCAAUCUACUUUGCAUGUUGGGGUGUGCCGCGGCUGGGAGUAGGCCUGCUGCUGCAGGUUGACCGCGGCCUGCGACCAUCAGAGGUGUUGCAGUUACGAGCAAAAGACAUAUCUCUACCAUCGUCUAGAGGGGGACCGGACCUGCAACCGAACUGGGUAAUCAACUUGGGGGCCAAAGCAGGGACAAAGGCCAAGAGGAUGCAGUUUGCCAUUAUACUGGAGCGAGGUGGAAUGUUGGAGGACCUCCUGCAUCGAGUAGUCCUAGGAACUCCGCCAGAGGGCCUCCUCUUCCCUUACCCACUCGUCGACUACAGGCAUCGGCUCAGGCAAUUUGAAGCAACCCUUGGCCUCGACAUCCACUGGACGCCCCACUCGGCGCGGGCGGGCUAUGCAAGCGAUUCCGUGGCUCGUGGUAUCCCCUUCCAGGAGAUCAAGGAGGCGGGACGGCGGCUCACCGAGUCCAGCCUCCGCAUCUACGUGGACGUUGUCACCGCCUCUCGAGUACUGGCGCAGGCUGAGCAGCGAGGGAUCGCAUCGCUCGUGCGAGAGGCGUCCGAGCAGCUGCCCAGCUACUUCCCGCAGGGCAUCUUCGGCGAGGACGCGUGCGGCAAGCAUGCCGCCGACAGGCUGGCGCAAGGGGGAGGACGGGUCCUGGGUGCCCCCAGUGCCUGGGCGCCCGCCAGCCCCACUGGCGGGGGGCCGCCGACGCCGCCACCAGCGCCGGACCUGGGCGAGCUGGUGGACGGGAUCCUGGCGGGACCGCCGCAGCAGGGACAUGCAGCAGCGGGGGCGGCCGCGGCCGAGGUCGAGGGGCCAGCGCCAGCGAACCUGGGCGCGUUGCAGCCGCUGGCAGCGCGCCCGCAGGGAGCGGCCGCGGCGGCAGGGCAGCGCCGCGCCAGGGCCGGCGGCUGGGCGCUGCUGCGCGCGGCCUGGAGCAUGGCGAGGUGGUGCGGACGCUCGUCCACGCGAGGCGUGACGUGGGCGGCUGUCGCCGUCUGGCUGAUCGCGUGGCUGUACGUGUCCGGGCCGAUGGCCCAUUUCGGGGCCAUGAUGGGCGUGGCUGCGAGCGUGUCGGUCUCGGCGGGCAAGGUAGUCGACCACAGCCUUGGAGCCGUGAUCACGGCUGCUCAAGGCGAGGCGUGGCGAGGCGUGGACAUCGCCGACCUCCGUGUACACCAGCGCCGCGCCGAGCGGAUCGCCGACGACCCCGCGUUACUGCAGGAAUGGGUGCUACGAGAGUUUCUGUCAGUGGAGCCACGCCCCCCUGGGGCAGACCAGGUGGCCAGCGCGCUCGCUGAAGCGUCCGUGACACUGCCGCGCGCAACAGAGAGAUGGCCAAUGAUGGUGUGGCCAGGCCAGUGCAGAGAGUUCCACAUGACCUACGAUCUACUGUCCACUGGAUUCUACGGCGUUCACGUGGUCGACCGCAUCGUGAAUUUCAGCGUGCAGUGGUCGAACCCGCUGCGGAGCGGCCUCGAGUGCGACCUCGGCUCAGAGAGAGACACCAUCCGCCUCCACAUCAACUCGACCCUCUCCAGGCUCCCCCUCCCCGCGAUCCGCUACAUGUCGAUGAGCGACCGCGAACUCGAGCUCGCGAAGCUCCCGGGGGCCUGGAUCACCAUGAGUCGUAGGCUGUUUCGAGCUCUCUUUCUGGCAGUGAAGAGUGUCCUACAGUUGUUUCUGUUCGGACAGUGA